AUGAGCGGAGCGAAGAAGAGGUUUCAGAUAGAGGCGUUCAAGCAUCGGGUGGUGGUGGACCCGAAAUAUGCUGAGAAGACUUGGAAGAUCCUGGAACAUGCGAUUCAAGAGAUUUACAAUCAUAAUGCUAGCGGCCUCAGCUUCGAGGAGCUGUACAGGAAUGCAUAUAAUAUGGUCCUGCACAAAUUUGGAGAGAAGCUUUACUCAGGACUGGUGUCAACUAUGACAUCACAUUUAAAAGAAAUAGCUAAAUCCAUAGAGGCUGCUCAAGGAAGUAUGUUUCUGGAGGAGCUUAACCGGAAAUGGACAGAGCAUAACAAGGCAUUGCAAAUGAUUCGUGACAUACUAAUGUACAUGGACAGAACUUUCAUACCGAGUACUCACAAAACUCCAGUUCAUGAGCUUGGAUUGAAUUUAUGGAGGGACAACAUUAUCCACUAUAACAAGAUCCAGACAAGGCUUCGGGACACACUUCUUGAACUUGUGCAGAACGAGAGGACUGGUGAUGUUAUUAAUAGGGGUCUGAUGAGGAGUACAACAAAAAUGCUAAUGGAUUUGGGUGCUAAAGUUUACGAAGAGAACUUUGAAAAGCCUUUCGUUGAAGUAUCAGUUGAUUUCUAUCGUGUGGAGUCUCAGCAAUAUAUCGAGAAUUGUGAUUGUGCUGAUUACCUGAAGAAAGCUGAGAAACGUUUAAAUGAAGAGAUUGAGAGAGUAUCACAUUAUUUGGAUGCCAAAAGUGAAGUCAAAAUAACUAUUGUGGUAGAGAAAGAAAUGAUUGAACAUCACAUGCACAGAUUAGUUCAUAUGGAAAACUCAGGGUUAAUUAGUAUGAUUGUGGAUGAAAAGUUUAUGGAUUUGGGAAGAAUGUACAGCUUGUUUCUGAGAGUUCCGAAUGGACUCACGAUAAUUAAAGACGUCAUGACCUCUCAUAUUCGAGAAACUGGGAAAUAUUUAGUUACUGAUCCAGAAAGGUUAAAGGAUCCAGUAAAUUUUGUUCAGGAGCUACUGGAUAAAAGGGAUAGGCUUGAUAAGAUCAUCAGUUUAGCAUUUAAUAAUGACAAGACUUUUCAGAAUGCUCUAAACUCUUCAUUUGAAUAUUUUAUUAAUCUGAAUCCGCGAUCUCCUGAAUUCAUUUCCUUGUUUGUGGAUGACAAGCUGCGGAAUGGGUUGAAAAAGGACAAGGAGGAGGACAUAGAGACUCUAUUGGAUAAGGUGAUGAUGCUUUUCCGCUACCUCCAAGAGAAAGAUGUUUUCGAGAAGUAUUACAAGCAGCAUUUGGCUAAGAGGCUUCUUUCGCAGAAGACUGCAUCCGAUGAUGCAGAGAGAAGUCUGAUCGUUAAGCUCAAAACUGAAUGUGGUUAUCAGUUUACAUCGAAACUUGAAGGAAUGUUCACCGACAUAAAGACCUCUCAGGAUACGAUGCAGGGUUUCUAUGCUGCCAUGGGUGCUGAGAUAGCAGAUGGCCCAGUACUUUCAGUCCAGGUCCUCACUACCGGAUCUUGGCCUACUCAGUCCAGCUCUACUUGCAAUCUUCCUCCAGAAAUCCUCGGAGUAUGUGAAAAGUUCAGGGCGUACUAUCUUGGAACUCAUACUGGGAGGAGACUGACUUGGCAGACAAACAUGGGUACUGCCGUUUUGAGUGCAAAAUUUGGAAAUGCCCCAAAGGAACUUUCCGUCUCCACAUAUCAGAUGUGUAUCCUGAUGCUGUUCAACAACGUCGACUGCCUGAGUUACAAGGAAAUAGAACAAGCCACUGAGAUUCCUCCAUCGGAUUUGAAGAGAUGCUUGCAGUCAUUGGCUUGUGUUAAGGGAAAAAAUGUUCUCAGGAAAGAGCCUAUGAGCAAGGAUAUUGCUGAUGAUGAUGCCUUCUUCUUCAAUGAUAAGUUUACAACCAAAUUGUACCGGCUGAAAAUAGGCACUGUAGUUGCUCAGAAGGAGUCUGAACCAGAGAAGCAGGAGACACGACAAAGAGUGGAAGAAGACAGGAAACCUCAGAUUGAGGCAGCGAUAGUGAGGAUUAUGAAGUCACGAAGGGUUCUCGAUCACAAUAAUAUUGUUGCUGAGGUCACAAAACAGCUUCAAUCACGAUUCUUGCCUAACCCAGUUGUGAUAAAGAAACGAAUUGAAUCUCUGAUUGAACGGGAAUUCUUGGAGAGAGACAAAACGGAUAGGAAGUUAUAUCGCUACCUGGCUUGA